AUGACAAAAACUGAUUGCAGCUUCUGUGUUGAUGUUGGCUAUAGUUUAGUAGAAUUCAUACUUUUGGCUCUGGAGCAUGUUGAGCAGGGACAGACAAAUGUGCCAUCAGAAGUUGAAAACUUGCCUACAUUUCCUAUGGAAACUUUUUGGCAAGGACAUGAAAAUACAGGACGUCCACCUUUAAUAACGAUGGCUUUGAGCCAGAAAUCUGCUGGUAAUUGGCAAGUGUAUAUGCAUCUCAUGUUAGCAACAGUUCUUCAUUUAAUUGUUAUAUUCCAAAUGAAAAAUAUCAAGCCUCUGGGACUAUUUGGUGCCAGUGCAAAAAAAACCUUCUUUCGGGAACUUCAUUUUCAUAUCCAAGAACAAGCUGAAAAAGAAGACCAGAGUUUGUGUACUCUCAGAAUGCAGUUUCUCUUGCGUGCUGCUUCGGCUGUGGCUCAAAGUUUACCAGAAAGAGAGCCAGAAUCUGUUCCUUCUGCAAAUGUUGACGGUGCAGAUUCUAGCAAUCAAACUGAUUACUCUCUUGCUAGCAAGAGGUUUAAUUGCAUACUUGAUUUAGCGAGAGGUUGGGAGUUAGAUUUGGAUGAAAUCAGAAGGCAUUAUAUAUGUGAGCUGUAUUCUGGAGGGCAGGAUCUCUUAGCUCAAGAGGUAAAAUCUGCAGUGACUAAUAAUGAAUUAUUAGCUUCUCAACUGCUAUUAUUAGCUGGGCAAAGAAUACAUAACAUAGUUUUCAAUUGUGCUGAACCAGCAACUAGGCUUGGUUGUCUCACUCCAGAUGUGUCCACUUUUCUAAAGAAACUGGAAGACGUAACUCUGAGGUGUAAUAAUGUUUCGCCUCGUUUGACAGCAACUCUUAUCAACCAGAUUUUGGUUUAUCUCCCAGAGGGAAACAAAGAACAGAAAUUAGCUAUGUCACUGAAAGAUGCUUUAGAGGACUUAAUUAAAAUAACUGAAGUCACUUCUUGAUAGCUAUAGAAAUUUUGCUCUUCAAAAUCAAAAUAAUAAUUUGAUAUGAUCAAAAAAAAAAGAGUUUAUUUAUAUCCAGUGUUGUCCUUGAUAUGUAGGCCAAUAUUUUCUCUGCAUUCCUUAAUUUCAUGUUUUAGUUUAAAUUCAAAGUUUUCUACAUAGCACUUGGAUAAAAUUUUCAGGGGUACUUGCAUAUUAAUGCAGUCACCUUAGUACAAUUUGUCAGUUUUUUGCAGAUAAAAAGGUCAAAGUUA